UAGUAUUUAUAAUGGUGAACUAUACGAUAGUCGAAAUGAUCGUCCUAACUGGGCUCGAGCAGGAUUUAAUGAUUCUUUAUCAGCUUGGAUUAUGCCUGAAUCAAUGCCAUCACCACUUAACAGUUCGUGCAAUGGUUCGCUUGUUCUCCAGGACAUGUUACCAAUUCGAGCUGGAUCUGAUGCAUUACAUGUUGAAGUUAUGACAGAUAAUCAACAACAAGGUUACUUGAAUCCUGAAGAUACAGAUGAAAUCUUAGAUGGAUUAGAAAAGGAUUAG